UAACAUCACUGGAGUUGGCUGGUGGUUGACGGUCAUGAGGGUGGCUUUAGUGUGCCUCGAGCGGCAGCGCACGGAGCCGCCGCGCGACCCGCAGCAGGCCGAGCAGGCGCUCGCCGCGCACAACGAGAGCGUGGCCAGGAUGCAGCACGCCACCUACCAGGUGGUGCAACAAGGGCAGGAGUUGGCAGCAGCGAUUGCCGAGGCGGCGGAUGUGAUGGCAACAGGGAGCGCUGACGGCGCGGACCCGGCGCCUCUUGACUCGCAGGCGCGGGUGCAACUGCUGCUAGAAUUCCUGCACGACCGCCAGCUAGACUUGGAAGAGCUGGCCGAGGAGCGCCGAGCGCGCUUCGAGCAGUGCGUGCAGCUGGGUCAAUUCCAAAAGGACGCAGCCCAAGUGGUCAGCUGGAUACGCAACGGCGAGGCCAUGCUGGCGGCGUCAUUUUCCAUCCCUGGCACGCUGGCCGAAGCGGAGCAGCUGAAGCGCGAGCACGACCAGUUCCAGGUGGCCGUGGAGAAGACGCACGCCAGCGCCGUGCAGGUCAAGUACCGCGCGGACGCGCUGCGAGCUGCUAACCACUACGAUCCGCAUACGAUCAGAGAAAUAUCCGAAGAAGUGACCGAGCGCUGGCAGCGCCUAGUGACCUGCGCAGAAGAGCGCCACAAGCUAGUGACGGCUUCUCUGAACUUCUACAAGACGGCGGAGCAGGUGUGCUCGGUACUCGACUCGCUGGAGCGCGAGUACCGACGCGACGAAGACUGGUGCGGGUCAGCCGCUGCGCCCGCUACCGACGAGCCGGCGCAGGCGGCGGCCAUUGAUAAGGCUGCACAGGUGGCCGCACUGAUUGUGAAGCACGGCGAGCAGAAGGAGGCCUUCCUGAAGGCCUGUACUCUCGCGCGGCGUACGGCCGAGACCUUCCUGAAGUACGCGGCGCGCUCGGCCCAGGUGCACGGCCAGACGCCCGCCGCCAGCAAGGCGCACCACGAGCAGACGCGCGCCAUCCUCGACACGUUGCUGGCGCAGGAGAACAAGGUAUUGGAGCACUGGACAGUGCGUAAGAAGCGUCUCGAGCAGUGCCAGCAGUUCGCUCUGUUCGAGCGGUCUGCGCGCGCGGCGGUGGAAUGGAUCCGGGAGACGCAGGAGCGUUGCGGCGCAGCGGCGGCGGCGGCGGCGGCCGGCGUGGCGCGCGAAAGCCGCGAGCGGGUGCGCCUGCUCGCGCAGCUGGCCGACGGGCUCGUGGAGAAGGGACACCCGCACGCCGUGCAAAUCAAGGAGUGGGUCGCUGCCGUCGAUGCUAGAUAUGCCGAGUUCAGCGGCUCGAUGGAAGGCGGCGAGAGCGAGGCGGAGAGCGACUCGGGCGUGGCGCCGUCGCUGGCCUCCUCGCAGUCGGCGGAGAACGAGCGCCAGGAGCCCCAGCCCACAGCCGCUGGCGAUGACAAGCGCCGCAGCGCUCGCCGCAAAGAGUUCAUAAUGGCGGAGCUGCUGCAGACGGAGCGCGCCUACGUGAAGGACCUGGAGACCUGCAUCACGUGCUACCUGCGUGAGAUGCGCACGGACCCCGGCGCCGUGCCCGCGCCGCUACAGGGGAAGGAGGAGCUGAUAUUCGGCAACAUCGAGGAGAUCCACCGCUUCCACGAGCGCGUGUUCCUGCGCGAGCUGGACAAGUACGAGUCCAUGCCGGAGGACGUGGGCCAUUGCUUCGUGACGUGGGCGCGCGAGUUCGACAUGUACGUCGCGUAUUGCCGCAACAAGCCCGACAGCAACGCGGCCGUCGUGCAGUACGCGGGCGACUACUUCGACAGGGUACAACGUAAGAAGAAGUUGGAACAUCCUCUGGCGGCGUACCUAAUAAAGCCCGUGCAAAGGAUAACCAAAUACCAGCUGCUGUUGAAGGACCUUCAGGCCUGCUGCGCCGAGGGACAGGGCGAAAUCAAGGACGGUCUGGAGGUUAUGUUAUCGGUGCCCAAGAAGGCAAACGAUGCAAUGCACCUGUCGCUUCUGGAAGGCUGCGACGUGCCCACGGACAGCCUGGGCGAGGUGGUCCUCCAGGACUCGUUCCACGUGUGGGACCUGCGCCAGAUCAUCAAGAAGGGCCGCGAGCGGAGGGUGUUCCUCUUCGACCUUCAUCUGCUGCUCGCCAAAGAAGUCAAAGACUCGCACGGCAAAGCGAAAUACAUUUACAAGACAAAAUUCAUGACAUCAGAGUUGGGCGUGACGGAGCACAUAGAAGGGGAUGAGUGCAAGUUCUCUGUGUGGACGGGUCGGCAGCCCAUGGCGAGCGACUGCCGCAUCGUGCUCAAGGCGCCCUCGCUCGAGGUCAAGCAGACCUGGGUGCGACGCCUGAGGGAAGUGAUCCAGGAAACGUACUUCAGUGUAGCCCUACAACAAACGCCGCGCAGCCCUGCCCGCGUGCGGCCGACUAGUUCGCAGCGAUCGAGCAGGGACUUGGACGACACUCUACUAGAUGACACUACAGACCGCAACUCGCUGGCAUCCUUCGGAAGCGGAAACACCACCGACUCAGAUAAGGCGGAGAUGACGUGGGUGGUGUGCGAGCACCAAUCAGCUGGCGCCGGCGAGCUCUCCGUGAGCAAAGGGCAGCAGGUGGAGGUGGUGGAGCCGUGGGCGGCGCGCGCCGACUGGUGGGUAGUGCGCGCGCCCGGCGAGCCGCCGCUCGAGGGCGCGGUGCCGGCGCACGUGCUCAAGCCGCAGCCGCACCAGAAGACGUCGCCGAGCCGGCGGCCCCUCAGCCAUCCCUGUGAGGAAGGACUAGACGCAUCCAACUCGGACCCGGGCGCGAGUGUCACUGUGGCGAGCCCGGGAAAGCAACGCCGGGGCUUCAGCUCGCGGCGCUGGCUGGGCCUCCGGAAACCUUCCCAGGGAAAGGAAAAAGCUCCAAGUGGAGCUCAGUCCCCGGCUACGGCGGACAAACCAUCACUCAAGAAAAUACCAUCAGACAGAAAGCUUAAGUUGGGCUACACCGACGGCGAGCGCGCCGAUGAAGGCGAGGGCAGCCACAACGCUGCCGCCGCGCUAGAGGAGGUGGAAGACGACGCCGCCGCGCUAGAGCUGCCGCCGCCCAUGAAGCCCAUACAGGACCCGCAGGCCGUCCUCCAGGCCCCCGCGCAACCAGCUGCGGCAUCGAAUCCGUCACGAGCAUCAUUAUCGCUGGAGGCUUUGGAUAGUAACGGCGGCCCGGCCGAUAUUGCCGAGAUAGAGCAAAUCGUUAAGGAAAAAAUGGAACAACAUGGGUGCCCUAACGCGUCGGCUUCGGGCCGGCACGAGGAGGAACAGGUGUCCGAAGAGAGCUACGAGGCCAUGCUGAAGAAGCGCGAGUAUGUGCUACGAGAGCUGGUGGAUACUGAGGACAUCUACGUCAGCGACCUGCGCCUCGUCUGCGAGGGGUACAUCAAGCACUUCCAGGUAGGAAACGAUCAAAUUACUUCUUGUUUCUACUGUCAAAGGUGGUAG